CUAUCGUCACCUCCCUCCUCUCUCUCUCUCUCUCUCUAGCUUCAAGGAGCUCCGACGAUGGUGUUCGUCCUCACCCCCGACGGCAAGACCCUGUGCCUCGACCUGAACCCUAGCACCGCCACCCUCCGCGAUCUCAAGCAGUCGAUCCACGAGAAGUCCCGCAUCCCCGCCCUCCAGCGCCUCAUCUCCUCCUCCAGCCCCCGCCUCCUCCCAGUCGGCGCCGCCGCCGCCGCCGCCGACGACUCCCUCCCGCUCUGCCGGUUCGGCGUCGCGCCGGGCUCCACCCUCGCCCUCCACGUCCCCUUGCUCGGCGGCAUGCAGGCCCCGGCGUCCCCCACCCGCCCCCGCCUCGACUUCCUCAACUCGAAGCCGCCCAACUACGUCGCCGGCCUCGGCCGUGGCGCCACCGGGUUCACCACCCGGUCCGACAUCGGGCCCGCCCGCGCCGCCCCCGACCUGCCCGACCGGUCCACCACCACCAUCGGCGGGGCCGCGGCCGGGGGCGCUCCCGGGGCCGGCCGCGGGAGGGGGAAGCCUGGGGAGGAUGAGGAGGAUGAUGAGGGGGAGGAUAAGGGGUACGACGAGAACCAGAAGUUUGAUGAGUUCGAAGGAAAUGAUGUGGGGCUUUUCGCUUCCGCGGAGUAUGAUGAGGACGACAAGGAGGCGGAUGCGGUUUGGGAAGCGAUCGACAAGCGGAUGGAUUCGCGGAGGAAGGAUAGGAGGGAGGCGAGGUUGAAGCAGGAGAUUGAGAAGUAUCGCGCCUCGAAUCCGAAGAUUACCGAGCAAUUUGCGGAUUUGAAGAGGAAGUUGCAUACCAUGUCUACUCAGGAGUGGGACAGCAUACCCGAAAUUGGGGAUUAUUCGUUGAGGAACAAGAAGAAGCGGUUUGAGAGCUUCGUACCUGUGCCCGACACUUUGUUGGAGAAGGCCAGACAAGAGCAGGAGCAUGUUACGGCUUUGGACCCUAAGAGUAGAGCGGCAGGAGGGACUGAGACACCUUGGUCUCAGACGCCAGUAACUGAUUUGACCGCAGUGGGUGAAGGAAGAGGUACCGUUCUGUCUUUAAAGCUAGAUAGGUUGUCUGAUUCUGUGUCGGGUUUAACUGUUGUCGAUCCGAAGGGGUACUUGACUGAUUUAAAGAGCAUGAAGAUUACUAGUGAUGCUGAGAUAUCUGAUAUAAAGAAGGCGAGGUUAUUGCUCAAGAGUGUUACGCAGACAAACCCGAAACACCCACCGGGUUGGAUUGCGGCUGCGAGGCUAGAGGAGGUGGCGGGGAAGAUUCAGGCUGCCAGGCAAUUGAUACAGAAAGGGUGUGAGGAAUGUCCCAAAAAUGAGGAUGUGUGGAUUGAGGCGUGCCGGCUUUCGAGCCCUGAUGAGGCGAAGGCAGUGAUUGCUAAAGGAGUUAAGUCAAUUCCGACUUCUGUUAAGUUGUGGAUGCAGGCUGCGAAAUUGGAGCAUGAUGAACUGAAUAAGAGUAGGGUGUUGAGGAAAGGGUUAGAACAUAUCCCUGACUCAGUUAGGUUGUGGAAGGCCCUUGUAGAACUCUCAAACGAGGAAAAUGCGAGGAUAUUGCUUCACAGGGCAGUGGAGUCUUGCCCAUUGCACGUUGAGCUGUGGCUUGCGCUGGCUAGGUUGGAGACUUAUGAUAAUGCAAAGAAGGUGCUUAAUAGGGCAAGAGAAAGGUUGUCCAAAGAGCCUGCGAUUUGGAUCACUGCAGCAAAGUUGGAAGAAGCUAAUGGCAAUACUUCCAUGGUUGGAAAGAUCAUUGAGAGAGGUAUUAGGGCUUUACAGAGGGAGGGUGUGGUGAUUGAUAGGGAGCUUUGGAUGAAGGAGGCUGAGGCUGCCGAGAGGGCUGGGUCUGUCACGACAUGCCAGGCAAUUAUUCACAAUACAAUUGGGAUUGGGGUGGAAGAAGAGGAUAGGAAGAGGACAUGGGUCGCUGAUGCUGAGGAGUGCAAGAAAAGAGGUUCCAUUGAGACUGCUAGAGCUAUAUAUGCUCAUGCUCUCACAGUGUUCUUGACGAAGAAGAGCAUUUGGCUCAAAGCAGCACAGCUUGAAAAGAGUCAUGGAACGAAAGAAUCUCUGGAUGCUUUACUCCGCAAAGCUGUCACAUACAGGCCACAGGCUGAAGUUUUGUGGCUCAUGGGUGCUAAGGAGAAGUGGCUUGCCGGAGAUGUGCCAGCUGCCCGAGCAAUUCUUCAAGAAGCUUAUGCUGCUAUUCCUAAUUCUGAAGAGAUCUGGUUAGCGGCCUUCAAGCUUGAAUUUGAGAACCAUGAGCCUGAGCGAGCAAGAAUGCUACUUGCUAAGGCACGAGAAAGGGGAGGGACAGAGAGAGUGUGGAUGAAGUCUGCCAUCGUUGAAAGAGAAAUGGGCAACACUGAAGAAGAGAGGAGGUUGCUAGAUGAAGGGUUGAAGCGCUUCCCCUCAUUCUUUAAGCUGUGGCUGAUGCUAGGCCAGCUUGAAGAACGACUUGGUCACUUAGAACAGGCUAAGGAAGUUUAUGAAUCAGGAUUGAAGCACUGUUCUAGUUGUAUACCUCUGUGGAUUUCUCUAGCUAAACUAGAGGAGAUGACAAAUGGGCUAAGCAAAGCUCGUGCAGUUCUUACAUUAGCCAGGAAGAAGAAUCCUGCAAAGGAUGAGCUCUGGCUCGCUGCCAUUCGUGCUGAAUCUAGACAUGGAAAUAAGAAGGAAGCUGAUAUAUUGAUGGCAAAGGCAUUGCAAGAGUGUCCCACCAGUGGCAUUCUCUGGGCCGCAUCAAUUGAGAUGGCUCCUCGUCCCCAACGCAAAACCAAGACUGCGGAUGCUUUUAAGAAAUGUAAUAAUGACCCGCAUGUUUUUGUUGCGCUUGCAAAAUUGUUCUGGCAUGAUAGGAAAGUGGACAAAGCUAGAACCUGGCUGAAUAGGGCUGUAACCCUUAAGCCUGAUGUUGGGGAUUUUUGGGCAUUGUAUUACAAGUUUGAACUUCAACAUGGGACAGAGGAUACCCAGAAAGACGUAUUGAUGAGAUGUGUUGCUGCGGAACCCAAAUAUGGUGAGAAAUGGCAAGUAAUUUCAAAGGCAGUGGAGAAUUCUCACCAACCAACUGAAGCCAUCUUGAAGAAAGUGGUGGUAGCUCUUGGGAAAGAGGAGGCUGAGAAUAGCAAACAGUAGUUCCUGCCCAAUUUCAUUGAGAGAACCAAACGAAGACGAGGCUUAUAGAGGAGGGAUGUUGGGUAGGCAAGAGUUGAAUGAGGGUGGCUUCAGGGAGUGUUUUUGGCAUUAUGACGCUUCAGGAUGGAGAUUCAAGUUUCUGUGGUGUAGCAGUUGGAGAUUGGGCGAAUGCUAAUGCUAGAGCAGGCUGUAUGAUGUGCUGUUAUAUUCACAAUGACACAAUCUUGCACAGUAAUACAGAUAAUGGAGUGGGUGAUCUUGGUGGAAUUACUCAAUCACGUGAAGACACAAGAACUUCACUUCUUUCCAACUCAAAAAUCUCUUCCAUCUUUGUCAAAGCCAUUAGGUAGAUCAACUCUUUGAGGGUGAACGAGGAAAGUCUGGCUCGGAAAAUGAAAAUUAUUAUGGUGCUGCUGUUUAAUAGUAAGUUCGCACCCAAUGAUUGAACAAUACUAGUUAGAUCAAAACUAUCUGAAACAUAUCAUGCUGCUGCUGUUUAAUAGUAAGUUCGCACCCAAUGAUUGAACAAUACUUGUUAUUGAUCAAAACUAUCUGAAACACUUGUAGGUCAUGACGAAGCCCUUAGGUGAUGUUGGAUAUGUCCAAAGAUUAACUAGUCCCACUUGGGUGUUCUGCUGUGA